GCGGGGCCGGCGCGGCGCCGUUACGGCCGCUCGCAGGGGGAGGCGGCGCCGCCAUCAUGAGCUACUGUGGUUAUGGAGACUGGAAUUCCGGGACAAACAGAGGUUAUGAAGGCUACAGUUACAGCUAUGGAUACAACCAGGAUAACUCUGGGAAUUACGGCUAUGGAAUGACCACCUCCAACUCCUGGGAAGUGCCAACCUCGGAUGUGGAUGGGAAUCCGGAUGGUUCCAGUGGUGCUGAGGGUGCCAUGGGGAAGGUGAACCAGCGCCUGGAUAUGGUGUCCCACAUGGAUACGGAUGUGAUGCAGGGAGCGCCCUAUGGAUCUGGGGACAGGUUCAACUCCUACAACUCCUAUGACUCCAGGCCCCCCAUGGCUGAACGUGACAUCUUCCAUCCUGGCUACGACUACAUUGAGGCUGAGCCCGACACCAAUGGCACCUAUGAGGGUCCCUAUGAUGCCUUCUAUGGGAAUCAUCGGGAUCAGUUCCAGGGCAGAGCUCGGGAGGACUUCGGACAACGGGGCCAGAGCUGGGGCCGGGACAACCUCAGACCCUUGGGAUCCACAUAUCCCGGGCGGAUGAGCGGACAAUGGAAUGAGGCUCCGCAGGCAAUGGGAUCCUGUGCUCCCCAUGGCUCCUCCAGGCUUCCUUCCCUCUGGUCCCACAACGUUAUCCCAGAACCCGGCAUGUUCCAAGGGAUGCGGAGCUUCCAUGGGAGCUAUGGAGCAGGGAUGAUGAAGCAGCACAUGAGGAGGAGCUGGAAAAUGUGGGAUUUGGAUUAUAAACCCCAGAGGAAGAAGCUCCGGAAGGAUCCCAGCAUGAGGAAGCAGAAGCUCCUGAACAGCUCCGAUGAUCCCAAGACAGACGGCUCCGAGAAUUCCGACUCGGACAACGAGGAGGGCACAGAAGGAGAAUCAGGAGAGAAGGAGGAGAAGGAAGGUUCCAGAGGGGAAGGGGAAGAGGAAGAAGGAAAAGAUGUGGAUAAAGGUGCUCUCACCAUCCAGGAGGAGAUCAUCCGGAUCAAGCGCCGCUUGCAGGCAGGCAAGAGAACCCCAGAGAGGCAGAAGAAGAAGCACAGGGAUCGUAUGGUGGAAAGGAUCCAGUUUGUUUGCUCACUGUGCAAGUACAGGACCUUCUAUGACGAUGAGAUGAGCAGUCACCUGGAGAGCAAAUUCCAUAAGGAACACUUCAAGUUUGUUGGAACUAAGCUGCCCCAGCAAACAGCAGAAUUCCUCCAGGAAUACGUUGCCAAUAAAACAAGGAAAACCGAGGAGCGCCGAAAGGCUAUUGAGGACAUCAAUGCUGUCAUUCAGCAGAUAUACAGGGACCAGGAUCUUACACAGGCCGUUGGCAUGGAGCAUUUCAUCAAGAAGGUGGAGGCUGCUCAUUGUGCUGCCUGCGACCUCUUCAUCCCCAUGCAGUACAGCAUCAUCCAGAAGCACCUGAAGUCACUGGACCACAACUACAACCGCAGGGCCAUGAUGGAGCAAUCCAAGAAGUCCUCGCUCGUGGUUGCAAGGAGUAUUCUCAACAACAAGCUCAUCAGUAAGAAGCUGGAGCGGUACCUUAAGGGAGAGAAUCCUUUCAUGGAUGACCCAGAGGAGAAGGAGGAGCACGAGGAAGGAGAUGGAGGAGCCAGUGGGAAUGUGGAGGAAGGAGCAGCGGAAAACAGGGAUGAGGAGGAGAAUCCAGAGGAGGAAAACAAGGAGGCCAAAGGGAACCUGGAAGCAGAAGGGGCUGGGAAUGGGGGGGAGCAAGAAGAAACAGGGACAGAGACAAUGGAGGCACAAGCAGAGAUGGAAUCAGCUGCAGGGAAUGUGGAGGAGCAGAAUUCCCUGCAUCCGGAUGAAUCCCUCCCUGAGGAAGAAGAGCACCAGAGAGUAGGAGAUGAGCAGGGAAGUGAGGAAGUGGCUGCAGCACAAGAGGAGGAGGAAGAUGGGGAUUAAACUGUGGAGAGGGGGGAAUGAUGUGGGAAUGAGCUGGUGUUGGGGGGGGUUAAUUCCAUAGCACAUAUUCCAUGUUCUCAUCCUGCUCCACUCCCUUUAAUGUGAUUUUGGGGGGAAUUGAGGGGUUUUGAAGCCAACCUUGGGGUUUAGGCACUCGGGGGUUGUGUGGCCCCUGGGUUGUAGCUGAGAGCCCUUCCUUUGUGCUUCUCAUCCCAUUGGAUUGAGCAGCAAUGGGGAUUGGCCCUUUGGAAACCUCGGGAAUUCUGCCUCUGACUCCCACCUGGCUGUGAUAUUCCCAACCCCCCCCCCAGUGUUUUACUGUGCAAGGAAACUGGUGUCAGCAGUUGUGUUGUUCAUAAUCCACUUGGGUUUUCCAGGUGAAUGUGGAGAUAAAAGGGACAUUCCCGACAUUC